AUGCUUUAAUCGAAUUAAAAAAAAAUAAUUAUUCUACCUUCUUAUCGCAGUAUUAUACUAGAUCUUUCAUCAACUACUACUGUGUUUGAUCUAUUUUAAUGCAUCCAAUAAUGGUUAUAGUAAUUCUAAAUUUAAAAAAGAUAGAUUUGAAGGAAGUUUUAAACAAUGGACUUGCUAUUCUGUUUCAAGGCAAAAAUGGUUGAAUAUUUCAGAGGAAAUUGGGAAUUAUUAAGAUGAGACUAUUUAUAUUAAAAUAAGACAUGAUUUAGAAUCUUAAAUUUAAAAAGUAGAGACAUGGAAUCUAAAAACAAUAAUUAUUCUACCUUUAAAUCACCAUUUGAAUGUAGAGGUUUAAUCAACUACUACUUUAUUUGAACUAUUUGAAUUCAUCCAAUAACACUUAAAGUAAUUCUAAACUAAAAAGAUAGACUUGAAGGAAGUUUUAAACAAUGGACUUGCUAUUCUGUUUCAAGGCAAAAAUGGUUGA